AUGGGUUUAGACCGUUCAUUGGUUUGUAGAAUUAUAACGCGUGCAAUAAGUGGUGUGAAAUUAGUGAAUCCUUCGGCCGCUUUGUACCCUGAAACGGGUGUGUGUUUGGACAACAAACCAAUUAGAUUGAAGCUAAGAAAAGGCGAACAAUAUUCCUGGUGUUCAUGCGGUUUAUCCGGAGCACAACCGUGGUGUGAUGGCAGUCAUAACGCAGAAGGUGUUACAACGUUAAGACCUGUACUUUUCGAAGUCGAAAAAGAUGGAGAAUACAACAUUUGCGUAUGCAAAGCAACAAAAAAACGUCCGCUAUGUGACGGUUCCCAUGUAAAGGUACAAAAACGGCGAUAUAAGGAUCCACCUCAAUAUUGUGCAUAUGCCGAAUCACCUGUUUAUGAAGGGGUUGCCAAUAAGCUCGGAUAUAAACCAAAACAAGAGCGUUGGCACUUCUAA